GGGACCGGACAAAGGGAGCGGAGGAGAAGUUAGAGAAGAGAGAAGAAGUUUGCAGGGAGCGAGGCAGACCUGGGGGGCGGGAUCCCGGGGACAGGCCGGUGGGGGGGGGUGUCUCGGGGCUCAGGGACAGGCGGGGGGGAUCUCGGAGAUAGUUCCCCCCCCAGGAAUGCGGGGUCCCGGCUGCUGGGAGCGAGACUGAAGAAAACUCCGCCGGUUCCCCCCCCAAGCAGGGAGGAUGAAGCCGCUCCCCCGGUGCUGCCGGCUCCAGGUCCUCGGGGCCGCCCUGGCUGUGUGCAUGACCAUUGGCUUCACCCUCCAGCUGCUGGGGGCCCCUUUCCAAUGGAGGGGCUCCCCAGACUGGCUGCCCCUCCUGCGGUCACUCCCCGGGGGGGCUGAGGAGGGGGCCCCCUCCAGCCCUUUGUCCCCCCGGCCCUGCCAGCCCCGGCGCCACAUCGUCUUCCUGAAGACACACAAGACGGGCAGCAGCACCAUCGUGAACCUGCUGCACCGGUUCGGGGAGACACGGGGCCUGCGCUUCGCCCUGCCCCCCCGCUACCAGUUUGGGUACCCCUACCCCUUCCAGGCCCGGCGGGUGAAGGGCUACAGGCCGGGGGGGCCCAGCUUCGAUAUCCUCUGCCACCACAUGCGCUUCGACCUGCCCGAGGUGCAGAAAGUGAUGCCCCCCGACAGCUUCUACUUCUCCAUUGUGCGGGACCCGGGGUCGCUGGCCGAAUCCGCCUUCUCCUACUACCGGGGGGUGGCGCCGGCUUUCCGCCGGGUGGGCUCGCUGGCCCAGUUUCUGGCGGCGCCCGAGCGGUUCUACGACCCGGCCGAGCGGGGCAACCACUACGCCCGCAACCUGCUGUGGUUCGACUUCGGGCUGGCGCCGCCGGCCACGCCGGGCCCCGAGGCUAUGCGGGCGGUACUGGCCUGGCUGGACCGGACCUUCCCGCUGGUGCUGCUGAUGGAGCACUUUGACGAGUCGCUGGUGCUGCUGCGGGAGGCGCUGUGCUGGGCGGAGGAGGACGUGGACGCCUUCCGGCACAACGGGCGCAACCCCCGGGCCGUGCGGCCGCUGGACCCCGCCCAGGCCGCCCGGCUGCGGGCCUGGAACGCCCUGGACUGGCAGCUCUACACCCACUUCAACCGCAGCUUCUGGCGCCGUGUGGAGGCCUUCGGGCCGGCCCGGCUGCGGGCCGAGGUGUCCCGGCUGCGGGAGCGGCGCCGGGCGCUGGCCGAGCACUGCCUGCAGGGCGGGGGCCCCAUGGAGGCGGCCGGCAUCCCAGACAAGCAGAUCCGCCCCUUCCAGUUCGGCCAGGCGCAGAUCCUGGGCUACGCGCUGCGGCCGGGGCUGGGGCCCGCCGACCAGGAGCUCUGCACCCGCAUGGUCACCCCCGAGCUGCAGUACAAGGACAGGCUGGACGCCCGACAGUUUGGGGCCAACGACUCGGAGGGCGCGGCCGGGAGGGGGGGCAGGUAGCCGGGGGCCGCCUCUCCCCACCCCCCGCCCACGGUACAGACCCCCUGGACCAGAGAGAUGGGGGGUGGGGGGAUGUGGUACAUAUCCUCAUGGGGACCCCACAGAUCUGACCCCCCGGCACAGACACGGGUAGAUAGGGGGCACAGCCCCCCGGCACAGACAUGGGGAGCAAUGGGGCACAAAACUGUUGUAUACACUAGGCCCGGUACUAACAAACUUCAACAGGACUUUAUUUUUAUGGUGGAAACCUCUUUACCAAGCUGCUGCUGCUGCACCCUCUGUAACUCUCCCAGCCUCCUCAACUCCUCCCCGCUCCUUCCUGUUUCCUGUCC